AAAAGAUUGACACGGUCCUGUGGUACCCGCUUCUAUGGCUCACGGUGGUCUGGUUGGAUUCCAUAUAAUCCUGCUGCAUUCUCCCUUCUGUUCCACCUCUCCCAGUCCUCCAUAGUUCAGCCCUAUAUUCCCCUCUAGUGUGUGCUUGCGCCUUCACGAGCUGGCGCACCACCCGCCAUUAAAUCGAAUCAUACAAAGUAUCUAUUGCUGGUCGCGCCCAGUGUCUACACAGCUCUUUACCUAUAAAACCAAAAUUUCCGGAGCUCUAGGGAUCGAGAUCGGGGGUUUCCGGGCCAUCCGCUUUGCGACAAGAUUCGCAUUCAGCUGUCCUCGCCUUGGUGUUCGCUUUAUAAUCUAAUACUACAGAUUUCGCAACCAUGUGGCAGAAAACUUCUCAAGCCGCGAUCGCGGCUGCUUCUCUAUUUGUUUCCCUUGCCAGUGCUAUCCCGCAUGGAGAUGACCACGCAAUGAAUAUGGACAUGGGUAUGGACAUGAACAGCACCCAGGCGCAGCCCGAAUCGCAUGCCGAUACGAGCGACGACUCGCCCAUGAGCUAUUUUGCUUAUGGAAAGCAUUCGAGCACAAUCAUCGCUCACAUAGGCCUGAUGGUUCUUGCCUGGUGCUUCAUCCUCCCCGUUGCUGUUAUGUUUAGCAUUGCACGUUCUCGAUUUGCACUUCCGUCGCAAUUACUUUUCCUGGUUUUCAACGCGUUGGGCUUGCUUCUGGGAAUCAUUUACAACAGUCAAACCCCUGAUCUAUACGAGAACAAUGCUCAUCACAAGAUCGGGUGGAUCGCGACAUGGGUCAUUAGCGCGCAGGUCAUCAUGUCGCUCAUUUUUGCCUAUGCUGGCAGAGGCGAGUCCGAUGCGACUUCGUACGAGCGUGCUGCAUUUCUUCCUGUUUCUACGGACGAGAUGGCCGAAACCCCGACGCAUCCGACCGGAAUUCACCAUGAGUAUCGUUGGUCUAGAGAGAGCGGCCAGGAGACAGAGGUCAAUUCCGCUUCCCUCCACAGUCGCCCUAGUUCGUCAACUUGCGCAUCCCCCUCGGAGGAAUAUGAUACAUUUGACAAGCCCGAGGCCCAAUUCCCGGAACAACCCGCUCAGAGCCGUGGUUGGCUGCGCAGCACCUUUGUGAACCGCUUUCUCGCGAGCCGUGUGCCCCGUAUGGUCUCUAGUCGCGCCCUUCGGAUACUCACCACUAUCUAUUUGGUGAUUGACAGAAUCAUCUUGCCUUUCGGUUUCAUCGCUAUCGCUACCGGUGCCGUAACUUAUGGUGGUAUCAUGAGGGGAAGAGAAAUCUUCAACGGUCUCGCACAUUUCAUCAAGGGAGGCAUCUUCUUUUGGUAUGGUUUGUUGACCCUGGGACGAUUCAUGGGCUGCUGGGCAGAUCUCGGAUGGGCUUGGAAUGUCAAGCCCUCGCGCGACAUUGUUGGCAAGUGGAAGGCCAAGAUCCCUACCGGUGAAUUUACCGAGUCUUUUGUGAUCUUCCUCUACGGAGCCAGCAACAUGUUCCUCGAGCACCUCACCAGUUGGGGAGGCAAAUGGUCUGCGACAGAUCUCGAGCAUGUGUCCAUCUCUAUCAUGUUCUUUGGUGGCGGUUUGUGUGGUAUGCUUUUUGAAUCUAAGCGCGUCAAGAGCUGGUUGAACAGCACUGUCCUGCAAUACCCCUCGAACCUUCGCAGGCAUGGCCCAUCCGAUACGGCUUGGCAGAUUCCCGACACUCAAGGCGUUUCUCUCAACCCAAUGCCUGCCCUUGUGAUUCUUCUUUUGGGUAGCAUGAUGGGAUCCCACCACCAAUCCAGCAUGGUUUCCACUAUGGUACACAAGCAGUGGGGUAACAUGUUGGUUGGCUUCUCGUUCGCUAGAUGUAUGACCUAUGUCAUCAUGUAUCUCAAACCACCAACCUCUUAUCUACCUUCCCGUCCCCCCACUGAGAUUGUUGCCGCUUUCUGUUUGAUCUCCGGUGGCUUGAUUUUCAUGUUGAGUACCCGGAAUGUGGUCGAUGCCAUCGAGUUCUACGAGCUCGAUGCGAUGUUUAUCUUCACCGUUGGUAUGGGAGUGACCGCCUUCAUCAUGGCUUGCGAGAUCAUGGCUAUUGCCAUCAAGGCCUGGGCGGCCAAGAAGGAAACUCGUCCUCAGCUUCCUCCUUUCCAAUUUCCGGCCUGAGUAGAAAAAUUUCCUGGGUUGAAGGGCACGCCUCGCCGUGUCGCUUUAUGGGUGGAGGUGCGUGCCCUUCACACGGGACAUGCCGGAUAAGACUCUCUACCUAGAUGGUUUGCUCGUCGCCCUAUGGAAAACCAAGGCAUUGAGAAAAAAGAGAAAUGAGAACAAGAAAAGAAAAGAAAAGAAAAAAAAAAAAAA